UUCCUCUGAGUCCCCAUUCUGGUGGCAGGGUGUUUGGUGUCACUGCCGAAACUCCUUGAGCUGAAUCGCCCCCGCACGACUCCCAGUUCACCAUGUCCAGGAAGGUUGUGAGGACCAGUAAGUUCCGUCACGUCUUUGGCCAGGCUGUGAAAGCUGACCAAUGCUACGAUGACAUCCGAAUCUCCCAAAUGACCUGGGACAGCAACUUCUGCUCCGUUAACCCCAAGUUUGUGGCCAUGAUUGUGGACGCCAGCGGUGGAGGAGCCUUCAUGGUGCUGCCCCUGACCAAGACAGGACGUAUUGACAUGUCCUACCCCACCGUAUGUGGACACACAGGUCCGGUUCUGGACAUUGAGUUCUGUCCUCACAAUGACAACAUCAUUGCUAGUGGCUCAGAGGACUGUAGUGUCAUGAUUUGGGAGAUCCCGGACGGCGGGCUGACCACGUCUCUCACAGAUCCUGUUGUGAAGCUGGAUGGUCACUCCAAACGUGUCGGCAUCCUGAGCUGGCACCCCACUGCUCACAAUGUGCUGAUGAGUGCAGGCUGUGAUAACGUGGUGAUCCUGUGGAACGUGGCUCGUGGGGAAGCAGCAGUGAGGAUCGACACUGUGCACUCCGACCUGAUCUACAGCGCCAGCUGGAACCCGGACGGCUCCAGGAUCCUCACCACCUGCAAGGACAAGACCAUGCGGGUGCUGGAUCCACGCAAGGGCACCGUCCUCUUUGAGAAGGAGAAGCCUCAUGAGGGCUCCAGGCCUAUCAGGGGGGUGUUUGUGAAUGACGGCAAGAUCCUCACAACCGGGUUCAGUCGCAUGAGUGAGAGGCAGGUGGCGCUGUGGGAUCCAAAGAACUUUAAAGAGGCGCUGACCCUGCAGGAGCUGGACACCAGCAGCGGCGUCCUUCUUCCAUUUUUUGACCCAGACACUGGCGUCGUCUACCUCUGUGGAAAGGGGGACAGCAGCAUCCGUUACUUUGAGGUGACGGAUGAGGCUCCGUUUGUCCACUACCUGUCCAUGUACAGCAGCAAGGAGAGCCAGAAGGGGAUGGGAUACAUGCCCAAGAGGGGCUUGGAGGUCAACAAAUGUGAAAUCGCCAGGUUCUACAAACUCCAUGAGAGGAAAUGUGAGCCCAUAGUCAUGACGGUGCCACGCAAGUCGGAUCUGUUCCAAGAAGAUCUGUACCCCGACACCAUCGGCCCCGAGCCCUCCGUCGAAGCUGACGAGUGGUUCGAAGGCAAAGAUGCACAGCCGAUUCUGAUAUCCCUAAAGGACGGGUUCGUAGCAACCACCAGAGCCAAGGAGUUCAAAGUUCACAAGAGUCUCCUGAAGACCACGACUGCCUCUGCAGGGAAUCAGCAGGACAGCAGCGGGGAGGUUCAGUCCUUGAGAAAGGAGGUGAAAGACCUCAAAGCAGCGAUAGAGGAGCUGACCAAGCGUGUGAGCGAGCUGGAGAGCAAGCAUUAAACCCGGAAAGUUCAAAAAACAAGAAAAAAAUAAUAACUCAAGAGCAGAAGUCAAGAGAGAAGCAAUGAAGCAAACAGACAACUAGAGGGAGACGACUGUUGUUAACUUUUCAUUGUAGUGAGAUAAAGGGAGAACUUAAGAAAGUGGAUGUUAGAAAACUAUUUUUUGGGAAUUUUUAUUGGGGUUAUGUGAUCAAUUUAAAAAUAUCCUAUUCUAAUAUAUGCUUUUAGUUUGAAAUAAAGUCUUCUGUAUUUUCAAAGUA